GAUAAAAAGAAUGUAUGAAAACGGUUACGCGCCUUAGUUUUCAUUCAUUUGUAAUUCAACACUUGUUGACGCAUAUUGAUCGAAAUCAAGUUUGCUGCAAAAAUGAAGUUUCUUGCGGUGCUAGUUGUUUGCCUUUGUGCAAGUGGAGGUUGUUUGUCGGCCGAUGAGAGAUAUACAAGUUUCAAACAGCAAAUGCAGGAUAUUCUAAAGAAAAGACUCAUUUUGGACGAUGAGAACCUAAUGGACCUUAAAAGUCUCAAUAAAUCACUGAUUAAUACCAAGGACCCUAAGUAUGGUAUCACACGCCUUCAUUCUUCUUCAGCAGCCGGUUUUCCCAUUUCUGUCAUGUACUUACUUAAGAACGGUGCUGAUAAAACUAUCAAAGACAACGUGGGAAAAAUCCCACUUGAUUAUGCACAAGAAUUUGAUAAUAAGUUAGUGGUUAAAAUUUUGAUCGUUUACAAUAUGAGUACGACUAUUAAAGCUGUACCAGUGCAAACAUGUUUUUUCAUUGCUAUCAUUUAUGGUCUUAAAAGGAUGAUGACGAUGCUUCAAGAUGUAUAAUGUACUUGGAAUUAAUGCGAAAGGAAGUUCAGUGCUAAAUGUUCGUCAUUCAUUUGCAAAAAAAAAUUCCCAAAAAUUGUAAAUACUGAAUUUCCAGUGGAAAUUUUAGAAAAUUCAAUUUUCACUAAACAUUGUUAAGUAUGCAGUUAAAUUCGAAGAGUGUGAAAGUCCUGUAAAUUGGAGUGAAUAAAAGUUCAAAGAGGAAUCAAAUAUCAUUAGUUUGUCGUUACUCCUUUAAACGCAAAAUCGAGUUAUAAUUCAACCAAUUCUGUUGGUUAUUCUUUUUAUUUGCUAUGCAUGUACAUAACCUACAAUGACGAAUUUCAAUAGUCGUUACAAAUUCAAUUGCAAUAAAAAAAAAGAAGACGAUGCAUGUAGUUUGCACCAUUUAAAUGCUUGGAAAAAUGGUUUAAAACAUAUGUUUGAAUCGUGCGUUUGAAUGUUGGAAAAAAAUUCCCCAAAACAUUCUCAAUUUUCAUAAACAAUAAUUGCUAAAUGUCUGCACAUAUUUCAGUAUAAAAACAUUUUCGAUGGAGUUUGUGGAUGGAAUUGUGACCCAAGUUGCACACAAGUCUCGCUUGGUGAGCGAGUGAAGAGAUGCGAAAAGAAAUGAGCAUAUCCACACCAAAAAUGUAAAAGACUAACCAAGAAUAUAGCAUUCAACAGCGACAGAAGAUGACGACGAAAAAAAGCCGAAGCGAAGCGUCGACCGUUUGCAAAAGCACAGAAAAUAUUUGUGUUGGAAUUGAAACAAUUCAGUUUUCAUUUUUACAUCUGUUUCGUUUUUGGGUGGCAUGCUUUAUUUGCUAUUUGCGCGCACAACAAUAAUGAUAUUACAGCAACUAGCAGCAGCAGCAGCAACAGCAGGAAAAUAGUUUGCUUUUUUAUUGUUUCCAUGUAUGUAGCGUAGAUGGUGAAUGAGGGUGCUCGGUGCAUUUCAAAAGAUGGAUUUAAAUGUGCCCAAACAAUAAUUAUGUUGCAUUCUGUACCACACGAACGCACCGAAAAUGUGAAGAUAUAGCCUGUAGCCCGGCUGCCGAACUGCACACA